CGCCGAGCGCACUCUGACCUCACACCCCGCGCAGUGAUAUUGUGUGUGUGACAGUAUUGUCGUGUUUUAUUUCGUGCGAGGUCCCCAUGAAGCGGCUGUCAUGCGUAUAGCGACACUGAUUGCACUCGUGCAGCUGUCGCUCGCUACAGCUGUUUCAGAUGAGAACACGCUCACAGCAGCGGAGCUGAACCUAGAGCUUGCUGGAGACAAUGCCCUCUCCCCAUUCUACUCCUUCGAGUCCAGCGAUGAGACCGGCGUGAACUUCGUGAGAGGAUCCCGAGCUGCUGACUCGCCCCUCUCUCCAGAUAUUGAUGUGCAAUGCUCGGCGGAUUUCAUCGAUGUUACUGUUGAAUUCAGUGAUGUCUUCGACGGUAUUAUUUACAGUAAGGGUUAUUUGAAUGACCCGAAGUGCAAGUACGUCUCCAUCGGAGGCAGCCAGUCCCGGUACUCAUUCAGAGUACCGUUGAACGGCUGCGGUACAAGACCUCUCUGCAAUGCUUGUGGCACUGUUGAUAAUGUCCUCGUCUUCCAAACUGACGACUUCAUCCAGGGCCCUAAUGAUUUUGCGAGGAAGGUAUCAUGCGCGAGCACAUAUCUCGAAGUGAGCACUGGAGUAGUGAAAAAAGAGCAAUCGCAUGUAUUGAAACUGAAACCUUUUAUGGUUGAUAUGUUGGAUGUUGUCGCAGUUCAGGGACCAGCUGGAGGAUUGGAGUGCUGGAUGGACAUACAGAAAGGAGUCUUCCCUAAUACAACUCCUUUGGAAAAGUCAAUCAAAAUUGGAGAAUAUUUGACCAUUCUUAUUUACUUGAAAGACGUCAGGAAUCAAUUCAGUUUGAAGGUUCACGAUUGUUGGGCAUAUGAUAACGAAGACUAUGAUAGCCCGAAAACGAGCAAAAUACAGCUCACGGAUAAGGAAGGAUGUCCAAAGAAGAAGAAGUUGAUUGAUUUGUGGCAAAAAACAACAAACACCGGUAAGAGUGGAGCCACAUUGAUAACAUAUAGCAAAGUGAGCGCUUUCCGAUUCCCUGAGACUGACCAAGUUUAUUUGACAUGUAAUGUUGAGUUAUGUACCAGUGAAUGUGAUGCUAAAUGUGAUGGAACACCCACUCAAAUAACGACCACAAUUAGACCACAAGUAAAAUGUUAUCCAGGUUCCCCUGACCCACAAUGUCAGACGGCACCUCCACAGAUAAUUUGUGCACCGGGAAGUGACGAUCCACGUUGCCCAAGACCAACCACGCCGGAGCCUCCAAGGUGUUUCCCUGGAAGUACGGACUCACGUUGUCCAAGACCAACCACGCCGGAGCCUCCAAGAUGUUUCCCUGGCAGCACGGACCCACGUUGCCCAAGACCGACCACACCAGAGCAACCAAGGUGUUUCCCUGGAAGCACGGACUUACGUUGUCCAAGACCAACCACGCCGGAGCCACCAAGAUGUUUCCCUGGCAGCACUGACCAACGAUGCCCUAGACCGACGACACCAGAGCCUCCAAGGUGUUUCCCUGGAAGCACGGACCCACGUUGUCCACGACCGACCACACCAGAAGCUCCAAGGUGUUUCCCUGGCAGCACAGACCCACGUUGUCCAAGACCGACCACACCAGAAGCUCCAAGGUGUUUCCCUGGCAGCACAGACCCACGUUGUCCAAGACCGACCACGCCGGAGCCUCCAAGAUGUUUCCCUGGUAGCACUGACCCACGAUGCCCAAGACCGACCACACCAGAAGCUCCAAGGUGUUUCCCUGGUAGUAGGGACCCAAGAUGCCCUAGACCGACUACACCAGAAGCACCAAGAUGUUUCCCUGGCAGUACUGACCUUCGCUGCCCAAGACCUACCACACCAGAACCAGUGUGUUAUCCAGGUUCACCUGAUCCUAAAUGCCCAAAGCCUCAAAGGCCAUCAUCCUUGACGCCAGCCACAUAUUUACCGCCGACAACACCAGAAGCACCAAGAUGUUUCCCAGGAAGCAGUGAUCCUCGUUGUCCGCAACCUACUACCCCUGCACCUACAACUCCUGAACCACCACGUUGCUUCCCCGGCAGCAGUGACCCGCGUUGUCCCAAACCUACCACUCCUGAACCACCACGUUGCUUCCCCGGCAGCAGCGACCCGCGUUGUCCAAAACCUACCACUCCUGAACCACCACGGUGCUUCCCAGGUAGCACCGAUCCUCGUUGUCCGCAACCUACAACUCCCGCACCUCCACGUUGCUUCCCCGGCAGCAGCGACCCGCGUUGUCCCAAACCUACCACUCCUGAACCACCUAGAUGUUUCCCAGGUAGCACAGAUCCUCGUUGUCCGCAACCUACCACUCCCACACCUACCACUCCCGCACCUACCACUCCCGUACCUAUCACUCCCGCACCUACCACUCCUGAACCACCACGUUGCUUCCCUGGCAGCAGCGACCCACGUUGUCCCAAACCUACUACUUCUGAACCACCACGUUGCUUCCCCGGCAGCAGCGACCCGCGUUGUCCCAAACCUACUACCCCUGCACCACCACAAUGCUUCCCAGGUAGCACAGAUCCACGCUGUCCCAAACCUACUACUCCUGCACCACCAAGGUGUUUCCCAGGAAGCAGUGACCCACGCUGCCCGCAACCUACCACACCAGCACCACCUAGAUGUUUCCCAGGUAGUACAGAUCCUCGCUGUCCCAAACCUACCACUCCUGCACCACCAAGGUGUUAUCCGGGAAGCGACGAUCGCCGUUGUCCAACACCAACAACACAAAAACCCGUUUGUUACCCAGGAUCGCCUGAUCCCAAAUGUCCACAACCACCUAGGUCAUCAACGUUGACACCAGCAACAUAUCUGCCACCUACUACUCCCGCACCUCCACGCUGCUUCCCCGGCAGCAGCGACCCGCGUUGUCCCAAACCUACCACUCCUGCGCCACCAAGGUGUUUCCCAGGAAGCAGUGACCCACGUUGUCCCAAACUCACCACUCCUGAACCACCACGUUGCUUCCCCGGCAGCAGUGACCCGCGUUGUCCGCAACCUACCACUCCCGAACCACCACGUUGCUUCCCUGGCAGCAGCGACCCGCGUUGUCCCAAACCUACCACUCCUGAACCACCACGUUGCUACCCCGGCAGCAGCGACCCACGUUGUCCCAAACCUACUACUCCUGAACCACCACGUUGCUUCCCUGGCAGCAGUGACCCGAGUUGUCCCAAACCUACUACUCCUGAACCACCACGUUGCUACCCCGGCAGCAGCGACCCACGUUGUCCCAAACCUACCACUCCUGAACCACCACGUUGCUUCCCUGGCAGCAGUGACCCGCGUUGUCCCAAACCUACCAUUCCUGAACCACCACGUUGCUACCCCGGCAGCAGCGACCCACGUUGUCCCAAACCUACCACUCCUGAACCACCACGUUGCUUCCCUGGCAGCAGUGACCCACGUUGUCCCAAACCUACCACUCCUGAACCACCACGUUGCUUCCCCGGCAGCACCGAUCCGCGCUGUCCCAAACCUACCACUCCUGCACCACCAAGGUGUUAUCCAGGAAGUGACGAUCCACGUUGUCCAAAACCAACCACACAAAAACCCGUUUGUUACCCAGGAUCGCCUGAUCCCAAAUGUCCACAACCACCUAGGCCAUCAACGUUGACACCAGCAACAUAUCUGCCACCUACAACAGCAGCACAACCAAAGUGCUACCCCGGUAGUACAGAUCCACGUUGCCCCAAACCUUCCACUCCUGAACCACCACGGUGCUUCCCAGGUAGCACAGAUCCUCGCUGUCCCAAACCUUCUACUCCUGCACCACCAAGGUGUUUCCCAGGAAGCAGUGACCCACGCUGCCCGUCACCUACCACACCAGCACCACCUAGAUGUUUCCCAGGUAGCACAGAUCCUCGUUGUCCGCAACCUACCACUCCCGCACCUACCACUCCUGCACCUACUACUCCUGCACCUCCACGUUGCUUUCCCGGCAGCAGCGACCAACGUUGUCCCAAACCUACUACUCCUGCGCCACCAAGGUGUUUCCCAGGAAGCAGUGACCCACGUUGUCCCAAACCUACCACUCCUGAACCACCACGUUGUUUCCCCGGCAGCAGCGACCCGCGUUGUCCCAAACCUACUACUCCUGCGCCACCAAGGUGUUUCCCAGGAAGCAGUGACCCACGUUGUCCCAAGCCUACCACUCCUGAACCACCACGUUGCUUCCCCGGCAGCAGCGACCCGCGUUGUCCCAAACCUACUACUCCUGCGCCACCAAGGUGUUUCCCAGGAAGCAGUGACCCACGUUGUCCCAAACCUACCACUCCUGAACCACCACGUUGCUUCCCCGGCAGCAGCGACCCGCGUUGUCCCAAACCUACUACUCCUGCGCCACCAAGGUGUUAUCCAGGAAGCGACGAUCCACGUUGUCCAAAACCAACAACACAAAAACCCGUUUGUUACCCAGGAUCGCCUGAUCCCAAAUGUCCACAACCACCUAGGCCAUCAACGUUAACACCAGCUACAUAUCUGCCACCUACUACAGCAGCACAACCAAAGUGCUACCCCGGCAGCACAGAUCUACGUUGUCCGCAACCUACUACUCCCGCACCUACCACUCCCGCACCUCCACGUUGCUACCCCGGCAGCAGCGACCCGCGUUGUCCCAAACCUACCACUCCUGAACCACCACGUUGCUACCCCGGCAGUAGCGACCCACGUUGUCCCAAACCUACCACUCCUGAACCACCACGUUGCUACCCCGGCAGUAGCGACCCACGUUGUCCCAAACCUACUACUCCUGAACCACCACGUUGCUUCCCCGGUAGCAGCGACCCGCGUUGUCCCAAACCUACUACUCCUGAACCACCACGUUGCUUCCCCGGCAGCAGCGACCCGCGUUGUCCCAAACCUACUACUCCUGCGCCACCAAGGUGUUUCCCAGGAAGCAGUGACCCACGUUGUCCCAAACCUACCACUCCCGAACCACCACGAUGCUUCCCCGGCAGCAGCGACCCACGUUGUCCCAAACCUACCACUCCUGAACCACCACGUUGCUUCCCCGGCAGCAGCGACCCGCGUUGUCCCAAACCUACUACUCCUGCGCCACCAAGGUGUUAUCCAGGAAGCGACGAUCCACGUUGUCCAAAACCAACAACACAAAAACCCGUUUGUUACCCAGGAUCGCCUGAUCCCAAAUGUCCACAACCACCUAGGCCAUCAACGUUAACACCAGCUACAUAUCUGCCACCUACUACAGCAGCACAACCAAAUUGCUACCCCGGCAGCACAAAUCUACGUUGUCCGCAACCUACUACUCCCGCACCUACCACUCCCGCACCUCCACGUUGCUUCCCCGGCAGCAGCGACCCGCGUUGUCCCAAACCUACCACUCCUGAACCACCACGUUGCUACCCCGGCAGUAGCGACCCACGUUGUCCCAAACCUACCACUCCUGAACCACCACGUUGCUACCCCGGCAGUAGCGACCCACGUUGUCCCAAACCUACUACUCCUGAACCACCACGUUGCUUCCCCGGUAGCAGCGACCCGCGUUGUCCCAAACCUAAUACUCCUGAACCACCACGUUGCUUCCCCGGCAGCAGCGACCCGCGUUGUCCCAAACCUACUACUCCUGCGCCACCAAGGUGUUUCCCAGGAAGCAGUGACCCACGUUGUCCCAAACCUACCACUCCCGAACCACCACGAUGCUUCCCCGGCAGCAGCGACCCACGUUGUCCCAAACCUACCACUCCUGAACCACCACGUUGCUUCCCCGGCAGCAGCGAUCCGCGUUGUCCCAAACCUACCACUCCUGCACCACCAAGGUGUUAUCCAGGAAGCGACGAUCCACGUUGUCCAAAACCAACAACACAAAAACCCGUUUGUUACCCAGGAUCGCCUGAUCCCAAAUGUCCACAACCACCUAGGCCAUCAACGUUGACACCAGCUACAUAUCUGCCACCUACUACAGCAGCACAACCAAAUUGCUACCCCGGCAGCACAGAUCUACGUUGUCCGCAACCUACUACUCCCGCACCUACUACUCCCGCACCUCCACGUUGCUUCCCCGGCAGCAGCGACCCGCGUUGUCCCAAACCAACCACUCCUGAACCACCACGUUGCUACCCCGGCAGUAGCGACCCACGUUGUCCCAAACCUACCACUCCCGCACCUCCACGUUGCUUCCCCGGCACCAGCGACCCGCGUUGUCCUAAACCUACCACUCCUGAACCACCACGUUGCUACCCCGGCAGCAGCGACCCACGUUGUCCCAAACCUACCACUCCUGAACCACCACGUUGCUUCCCCGGCAGCAGCGACCCGCGUUGUCCUAAACCUACUACUCCUGCGCCACCAAGGUGUUUCCCAGGAAGCAGUGACCAACGUUGUCCCAAACCUACCACUCCCGAACCACCACGUUGCUUCCCUGGCAGCAGUGACCCACGUUGUCCCAAAUCCACCACUCCAGAACCACCACGGUGCUUCCCAGGUAGCACAGAUCCUCUUUGUCCCAAACCUACUACUCCUGCACCACCAAGGUGUUUCCCAGGAAGCAGUGACCCACGCUGCCCGCAACCUACCACUCCCGAACCACCACGUUGCUACCCCGGCAGCAGCGACCCGCGCUGUCCCAAACCUACUACUCCUGCGCCACCAAGGUGUUUCCCAGGAAGCGACGACCCACGUUGUCCAAAACCAACAACACAAAAACCCGUCUGUUACCCAGGAUCGCCUGAUCCCAAAUGUCCACAACCACCUAGGCCCUCAACGUUGACACCAGCAACAUAUCUGCCACCUACUACAGCAGCACAACCAAAGUGCUACCCCGGCAGCACAGAUCCGCUUUGUCCUAAACCUACUACACCUGCACCACCACGCUGCUAUCCAGGCAGCAGCGACCCGCGUUGUCCCAAACCUACCACUCCUGAACCACCACGUUGCUUCCCAGGCAGCAGCGACCCGCGCUGUCCCAAACCUACCACUCCUGAACCACCACGCUGUUUCCCAGGCAGCAGCGACCCGCGCUGUCCCAAACCUACAACUCCUGAACCACCACGGUGCUUCCCCGGCAGCAGUGACCCACGCUGUCCAAAACCUACCACUCCUGAACCACCACGUUGCUUCCCCGGCAGCAGCGACCCGCGUUGUCCCAAACCUACUACUCCUGCGCCACCAAGGUGUUUCCCAGGAAGCGAUGACCCUCGUUGUCCAAAACCAACAACACAAAAACCCGUCUGUUACCCAGGAUCGCCUGAUCCCAAAUGUCCACAACCACCUAGGCCCUCAACGUUGACACCAGCAACAUAUCUGCCACCUACUACAGCAGCACAACCAAAGUGCUACCCCGGCAGCACAGAUCCGCUUUGUCCUAAACCUACUACACCUGCACCACCACGCUGCUAUCCAGGCAGCAGCGACCCGCGUUGUCCCAAACCAACCACUCCUGAACCACCACGUUGCUUCCCAGGCAGCAGCGACCCGCGCUGUCCCAAACCUACCACUCCUGAACCACCACGCUGUUUCCCAGGUAGCAGCGACCCGCGCUGUCCCAAACCUACAACUCCUGAACCACCACGUUGCUUCCCAGGUAGCAGCGACCCGCGCUGUCCCAAACCUACCACUCCUGAACCACCACGUUGCUUCCCAGGCAGCAGCGACCCACGCUGUCCCAAACCUACCACUCCUGAACCACCACGUUGCUUCCCAGGCAGCAGCGACCCGCGCUGUCCCAAACCUACCACUCCUGAACCACCACGUUGCUUCCCAGGCAGCAGCGACCCACGCUGUCCCAAACCUACCACUCCUGAACCACCACGUUGCUUCCCAGGCAGCAGCGACCCACGCUGUCCCAAACCUACUACUCCAACACCAACAACAACACCUAGUUCCUGUUAUCCUGGUUCAAAGGAUCCCAAGUGUCCUCAGCCAUUUGCUCCAAGCAGUACGAACCCACCAUUAGAGUAUUUACCACCUGUUGGUAACGAAAUAAAAUCAUCUGUAAAAGCAAAGUUGGCGAGUAAAAAUUUCGACUACUACGAUGAUUCGCUUACGGACUUAAGUAACUUUGAGUUUUCACGCACGCAACCAAGAACAAGGAAUGUAAGAGAUGUUAGUGGAAUGAACGAUAAUGUAUUGGAUACCUCAACAGAUGGGGCCGGCUAUCUAUAUGUAGCCUUAGUUGGAUCCGCCGUAUUUAUAGUUAUGUCUAUAGCAUUUACAGUUUUUAUGUACAAACGUUCACGUGCUCAAAAUCACAAUAGCCCCACUAGUACAAAAAAUAUGAGCCCUUGUUAAAAAAUCUAUAAAAUAUUAAUGAAUUGUGAUAUUUUCAUACUGAUGUUUGCUUAUUUUUAUGUGUUAUAACUAAUUUUAGAAUUUCAUAAGUGAAAUGUGAUAUAUGAAUUGAUAUAAUUUCCUGUCACUGCCCUUUCAGCUUUAUAUUAUUUUCAGGACACUUAUGUUUAACUGAAAUUGAAAUAAAAUAGUGCCAUAAACUGUUUUAACAAAACCUGUAUUCCUUCAAAGAAUCAUUUUAUUUUUGUAAACUCAUAUUUGUUAUAGACUUUCCCUAGUCAAUGUGUUCUGAAAAUAAAUAUAUUUUUUAUGAAGUUAUUAUGUAUGUUCGUGAUAGACAAUAUAUAAGUAUUUGUAAAUAUGCCAAUAUAUUUGUGGCCAUUUCUAUUGUAUAGAUAGAUUUAUUGCAUUAUUUCUGAAUGACUUUCGUUCUUUGUUGUUUGAAAAAAAGUGAAUUUACAUAAUGUUUCUUGUUUAUAAGCAAGAAAAUAUUGUAGUUGUUAUAAGUUAAAGCCUUGAAACAUAUGAUGUUAAAUAAUAUAUUAUUGUAGGAUCAUUGGAUUAUUUGUAUUGGUUAACAUACGAAGGUAAUUACAUAAAAAAAUUUUGCUCAAUUAUGUUUUGUGUAUGGAUAGUUUUAACUGUAUAUUCAAUAUUUAAAAUAAUUAUGUUAAAUUCACUUAAUUCAAUCAAAGUUCUACCAUUUUUGUUACCAUUUUAUAUUUUUAACAACUAAGAAUGAUAGCCACAUUUGGUAUAAAAGAAAUGUAAUAAGUAGGUUUGCUUAUUGAAUCAAUAUAAGUACUUAAAACAUUCUAUGAAUGUA